UUGACGUUUAUACCUUUAGAAAUGUAAUCUGUGGUUCAACUUCAAAAUAAAUUUUGCAAUAUCCAUUCAUUAUAAUAGAAUUUGUUAUCUAAUUAUUACCUAGCAAAACAAGAAAAUUAUAAAAUGAAUUGAAAAUAAUUUGUAAUGAAUUAAUUUUGUAUUUGUUCGUAGUAAAUUACUGAAAAAAAACUAUGGCCAGUUCCAUUAUUUUAGCAGGCUUAGGGAUGGCUGCAGUUGGAUUUGCAGGUCGCUAUAUCCUUAGACAAAUGCCCAAUGCUUCUAUGAAAUUUUCUGAAGCCAUGAAGAAUUUGCCUAGAUUUGAUAGUGAAACACUGGCUAAUUCUAAAUACUACAAAGGUGGAUUUGAACCUAAAAUGACAAAAAGAGAAGCUGCAUUAAUAUUAGGUGUCAGCCCCACUGCUAGUAAAGCAAAGAUAAGGGAUGCACAUAGACGAGUUAUGUUACUGAACCACCCAGAUAGAGGAGGGUCUCCUCUUAUUGCUGCAAAAAUAAACGAAGCUAAAGAUGUUCUUGAAAGUGGUAAAUCACAAUAAAAUGUAAUACAAAACAUUUAAAACAUUAUGUGAAGUUGCAGUUUGUGGAUAGUUUAAAUUGUACACUGUAAUAGCAAAAUCAAAGACUUUUUUAUUAUUGUUAUUACUUUUUAUGUUCAAACCUAGACUAGAAUAGAAACUUUGUAGUAAUAAGAUUUUAUAAAUACAUGUAAAAUAUGUUAAAAUAAAAACUGUACUUGAA